GUUCUUUGGCACGAAAUGGAAGCAGGAAAGGACGUAGGUGAUAUCAGAGGAGUGGGAAUGACUGACACUCCGCCCAGUGAUGGACCCUCCCAGGGAGCUGAAUUUGACAUGAUGGGUGCUCUGGACUGGAAGGAUGGCAUUGCCACACUGCCAGGCAGUGAUAUCAGGUUCCGCAUGACAGAGUUUGGGACCCUAGAAAUUGUCACAGACGUUGAGGUCAAAGGGCAGGAGGCUGAGCCUCAUCGUGAGACCUUGAACCCAGUGCGGUCUCACACUCCCACCCCUCCACCAGAAGUCCAAAAACAGGCCAGCAUGGCCGCAGCACUGGUCCCUCUGGGCAAGCCAGGCUCAUCCCAAGCUAAAGAGGAGGACCGCGGUAUGGAGGUUGGCCCCAGGGCCAAAGCUAGUUCUGGGACAGACACAGGUCCAAAUGGGGAGCUGUUAAGGUGUCGGGGCUGUGAUGGCCAUGUUUCCAGGCACGCUCUUAUCGAAGGAAAAUACUGUGGUUCUUGUGUUCAUCACUGUAGUGGCAGAUCCUCUCCAGCAGAAGUGCGCGACAGUCAAGCAGUGGAAGGCGAGCGGCUGGGGAAACGCGUCCGCAAAAAGAGGAAGAUCUACAUGGAAUCUGGUGAUGAAGAGGAGGACAAUCAAGAAGAACCAGAGGAAAAGGCCAAGGCUACCAAAAGCAGGAGGGGAACCAAAAUGGCCAAACUUGUGACUACCAUGGCCAAUAAGAAGCGGGCAUGGAGCUGGCCUGCCUACCUGGACGAGGGGCGAACUAUUGCUGCACCUGUGAAACUUUUCAAAGAACAUCAGUCAUUUCCUCAAAGCAGGAACAGUUUUAAGGUUGGAAUGAAGCUUGAAGGACUUGACCCAUCUCACCCGUCUCUCUUCUGUGUGCUCAGUGUUGCAGAGAUCCAGGGUUACAGAGUUAGACUCCACUUCGACGGUUACCCUGAAUGCUACGACUUCUGGGCUAAUGCUGACUCGUGGGACCUGAAACCAGCUGGCUGGUGUGAGAAGAACGGACACAAAUUGUUACUGCCUAAAGGCUGUAAAGAGGGAGAGUUUAACUGGAGCAUGUAUGUGAAAAACUGCAGAGGCCAACUGGCUCCAAAGCACCUUUUCAAGAGCCUCAACACUUCUGUGACUCCUUCUGGAUUCAGAGCGGGGAUGAAACUGGAAGCAGCCGACAGGAAGAACCCUUCGCAGAUCUGUGUAGCAACAAUAGCUGCUGUUGUUGACAACCGCCUUCUUAUUCAUUUUGACAGCCUGGAUGACACACAUGAUUACUGGUGUGAUGCCAGCAGUCCAUACAUCCAUCCGGUUGGUUUCUGUGCAGAAGCUCAGCUGACUCUAACAACUCCACCUGAAUAUAAAGAUUCCACAAAUUUCUCAUGGGAAAAGUAUAUGGAGGAAACGGGAACACAGGCUGCUCCUGCAAGAGCUUUCAAACCGCGGCCUCCUCAUGGCUUCCAGGUGGGGAUGAAGGUGGAAGCAGUUGAUAAAAGGAACCCCAUGCUAAUUCGUGUAGCUACUAUUGUAGACACAGAAGACCACAGACUGAAGAUUCACUUUGAUGGAUGGAAUAGUGAUUAUGACUACUGGAUUGAGACAGACUGCCCCGAUCUGCACCCUGUAGGAUGGUGUCAGAAAACUGGACACCCGUUACAGCACCCCAACAGCACAAGUGAUGUAUUGCCUGCCCCAGGACAAGGUUGUCCCACCCCAGGAUGCAACGGCGUGGGACACAUAAGGGGACCUCGCUAUGGGACACACUACACCCAGGUGAGCUGCCCUUACUCUGAGAUAAACCUGAACAAGGAGGGUUUGUUGCCCGAUCGUCUCGGCGGAGAGCGGCCUCCUGUCCUCAAUGUACCUCCACCACGGGGGCGGCGCCCCGAACCUCAUCCAAACAAUCCGCCUCAAAAUCCAUCAGCACCAGUACAGACUGACCCACCUGCGGAAUCACCAAGCAGGAAACCAAUGACUGGAGAAGCUGAGCUUCCAGAGUGCAACAACAAAUCCGAGCCACUGAGUGGAGCCAACGAGCAAAGCACCAAUGGAACACGGCCUAAACGGAUGGCUCCACUUCCCAAGUACCUAACAAUGCACUAUGUCAAGGAUGAGAUUAGUGAUGGAAAAUCUUCUCCAGAAACCAUAUCCCUGCAGCAAGCGCUCCACGAGUCUGUGUUCUCCCCCGGCAUCGCCGCCUCUCCCCCGCACAGAGUGGCUCUGUGCUGGGACAAACACUGCCAGCUACUGCCUGAGGUCCUGGGUCUGACCGCCAAGAGAGUGGCCGCUUGGAGUGCAGAGGAGGUGGCUGGUUUUGUUAAAGGACUUCCAGGAUGUAAAGAACAUGCUGCUACUUUUAAAACAGAGCAAAUUGAUGGCGAGGCCUUCCUGCUUCUCACCCAAGCAGACAUCGUUAAGAUUCUGUCCAUCAAGCUCGGACCCGCUUUAAAGAUCUACAACUCCAUCCUCAUGCUGAAGAAUGCAGACGAAGAGUGAGACCUGACCUAAGGGGGUGGAUCUCUUCCCCCAUCCAGGUCCUCCAGUCGAUCCACUCAGCCGUGGCUCAACAUCGGACCUUUGAUUAACAAAAGAGAAUUCAACCAGAACAAGGCCAGUUCGCUUUGUUGUGCAAUGGUGGAACUACCAGAGAGGAAAGGAGAAAGAGAAAGCCUUUGACUGGAAGGUUUCCAUUCUCUCCCCUCUUUUUCUCUACGACAGCCAGCUUUAGAGAGUAUUUUAAGACACCAUACGGAUUUACUAACCUGAUUUGUGUUUGUUUACAGAAUCUUAAAAACAUGCAGGAGCCUUUAAGGCUUCUUAAUAUUGUACAGUUUACAGAUUGGAUUUAUUGUCCCAGUUGUUGGAUUACUUGUUUGUGAAGAAAGGAUGUUCUGGCCGGCAAAACUAGUUUGUUUUGUUUGUUUUGCUGGUUUGUUUGUGAGUUUUUUUUUGGUUUUUUUAAAGCUGCAAAAUACAAUCAUAAAAAUAUGGGGGAGAUUUUAAAAUGUGAAACCUUGUGGCGGAGAGGCACCUAAGUUUUUCUCCAAUAAAUUGGAAAGGGAUGACUGCUUGGUAGGCUCAAAGAGCAAAGUGUUUGGUUAAUCCAGAGCAGGAGAUCCUUAAAACCAAGUCUUUGUUUGUCUGUAGAUAUGAUUAAGUAUGUUUGAGGAAUGGAGACGCAGUUUCCCACCAUCCUGUGUAGGAUGGGUUUCUGGUCAACGGAUUGUUUUUGGAGCGAACAGCAAGGAUGGACUCGCUAAAUCAAGGAACCCUCCUGCCUCUAGAGAUGAAACGGAUGCUGAACCAGCUGCUUUUGGUUUGUUCUUGUAGCAACACAUGAAUAUGAAUGUUAAACAACUCCAAGUUGUUUUGGUAUCCAUCUUAUUCUGUUGUUCAAAUAAGCUCUAACUUUAAAUGUAAAUACAACUAAAAUAAGAAACCUAUCUCUCUCCCUGCCUUGGUUUAGUCCUGCUUCAUUAUGCAAAGACUAAUAAUCUGAGUGUUUGGGCAAAGAAGACAUGAAAGCAGUGAACUGAUUAAAAACAAAAUAUUUUAAUGAUAAGGGGAGAGCCUUUGUUGGAGUGUUUGUAAAUAUGCGUGUACCACAGCGAGUUGGAUGUUUACAUCAGUUACUGUUGAUAUGCAAACAGCUUUUAUUUAUGUUUUGUAAAUUAUAGAACAACGGUACGCUGCUCUGCCUCCUCUAAUGGAACGUGUGAACG